AUGGGCAAAGACGUCGCUGGAUCUAAGGUCCUUCUUUUGGGCUCUGGCUUUGUUGCCAAACCCACUGUCGAUGUUUUGGACCAAGCCGGUGUUGAGGUCACCGUCGCGGCCAGAAACCUAAACAACGCCCAGAAGCUUGCUUCCGGCGGAAAGCACACCAAGGCCAUCUCUCUCGAUGUCAACGAUGCCGCCGCUCUGGACAAGGAGCUCGAGAAGGUCGACCUCGUCAUCUCUCUCAUUCCCUACACCUACCACGCCCAGGUCAUCAAGGCCGCUAUCCGUACCAAGAAGAAUGUCGUGACGACUUCCUACGUUUCUCCAGCUAUGCAGGAGUUGGAGGCCGAUGCCAAGAAGGCUGGUAUCACCGUCAUGAACGAGAUUGGAUUGGACCCUGGUAUCGACCAUCUUUACGCAGUUAAGACAAUCACCGAAGUCCACGAAGCCGGCGGCAAAAUCCUCUCCUUCCUCUCCUACUGCGGUGGUCUCCCCGCACCCGAGGACUCCGACAACCCUCUCGGCUACAAAUUCUCCUGGUCCAGCCGUGGUGUCUUGUUGGCACUCCGCAACUCCGCCAAGUUCUACAGGGACGGCGCCGAAUUCAGCGUUGAUGGAACCCAGCUCAUGGGCGAGGCAAAGCCCUACUUCAUCUACCCCGGUUACGCAUUCGUUGCUUACCCCAACCGUGACUCCACGCCUUACCGCGAGCGAUACAACAUCCCCGAAGCUCAGACCGUUGUCCGCGGUACUCUCCGUUACCAGGGAUUCCCUCAGAUGAUUAAAGUGCUUGUUGAUAUUGGAUUCCUCAGCGAGACGGAGUACGAUUUCCUCAAGACCCCCAUCACAUGGAAGGAGGCUACCAAGAAGAUCAUCGGCGCCACCUCCGACAAGGAGCUUGACCUUCUCUGGGCCAUCUCCUCCAAGACCACAUUCGCCGACAACGACGAGCGCGACCGCAUCUUGGCCGGUUUGCGCUGGAUCGGCCUCUUCUCCGACGACCUCAUCACACCCCGCAACAACCCUCUCGACACCCUCUGCGCCACCCUCGAGCAAAAGAUGCAAUACGGCCCCGAGGAGCGCGACAUGGUCAUGCUCCAACACAAGUUCGAGAUCGAGAACAAGGAUGGUUCCCGCGAAACCCGUACCAGCACUUUGGUCGAGUACGGUGACCCCAAGGGUUACUCCGCCAUGGCCAAAUUGGUGGGCGUACCUUGUGGUGUGGCCGUCAAGUUUGUGCUUGAUGGUACGAUUAGUGAGAAGGGUGUUUUGGCGCCGAUGAGCAUGGAGCUUUGCGCUCCUCUUAUCAAGACUCUGAAGGAGGAGUAUAGUAUUGAGUUGAUUGAGAAGACUUUGUAA